AUGUUUCAUAGUUUCACUAAACUCUUACAAAAACGAAAUGCAAUUUCUCAUUUGAUUUGCACUUUACCGAGAAAAGGUCGAUUUCAACUUCAAGGAUCAAAUUCUAUAUCUAUACCAUCAUCUUUUAUCCAUUCAACUAGAUAUUCAUUCAAAGAUGAAUUUCAAUCUAAUCCUAAUACUUCCCAAAUUCAUUCGGAUCCUUCUCAUUCUUCCACUCAAUCAACUUCCUCCUCCGAUACUUUAUCCACCACGUCGUCUCAACACAAUUUGAAAGCUCGUCUUUUAAUAGCGUUCACAUGUAAAGUAUGUUCCCAUCGUUCUACCAAAACUAUGUCAAGGCAUGCUUAUGAUCACGGUGUUAUCAUCAUACAAUGUUCUUCGUGUCAAAAUCGUCAUUUGAUAGCAGAUCACUUGGGUUGGUUUAGGGAUGGUAAAACUACAAUUGAAGAUUUAAUGCGUGAACAAGGUGAAAAAGUAAUAAAAUUUGUUGAUAAUACUAGAUUAGAUGUAUUAGAAUGGUGCCCCGACAUUAUAAGCGAGGAAAAAAAGAAAUUAAAAGAAUUAAAGAAAUCUAGAAAUAGAAAAGAACUUAGUUUAGGGUUAAAUGAAAGGGAUAACGUCGAUAAACCUGAUCAGUAG